GCACGCUACGAAGGAAGUUGUGCCACACAUUUAUCGUGAGAAGAAAAAAAGGACGGCGCCACACACGUAUCUUGUUCCCUCGAGCGUGCUAUGCCUGUGCUUCUUAACGUAGAGCAUAAUUCUGACGGAUGGUGCAUCUGGCAGUGGGACUGCUGUGUCCAUCACGAGGUUCGUGCUCCUUGCAUGGUCGGCAAUCCAUGACACUGUAUAUAUAAGCAGAAGCUAAGCAGCCGUUUAGCCACGACAGCGCGCGCGCACACAAGAGCCGAGCAAAGGGAGAGUAAACCACCACGAGCACAACAAUGAGAUCCCUGAUCUCGGUGUCCGCGGCCGCGCUGGUCCUCGCCGCCGUCCUCGCCGCCGCGCCGCGGCUCGCGGGGGGGCAGGACGAGUGCGGCGCCACCCCGCCGGACCAGGAGGCCCUGAAGCUGGUGCCGUGCGUGGCGGCGGGGAAGGACCCGGACUCCAAGCCUUCGGACCGCUGCUGCGCAGCGGUGAAGGAGAUCGGGGAGAGGAGCCCCGCGUGCCUCUGCGCGGUGCUGCUCUCCAAGAUCGUGCGCCGGGUCGGGGUCAAGCCGGAGGUGGCCAUCACCAUCCCCAAGCGCUGCGACCUGGCCGACCGCCCCAUCGGCUACAAGUGCGGCGACUACACCAUGCCCAGCCUGCAGCUGAAGGACUGAUCGACGGUUUACCAGCACCAAAGCGGUUAAAUAAGGCUAGUAAGUUCGUGUCUCCGUAUGCAGACACCAGCACAUUGUAUGGAGUGUUAAAAAAAUUUACUGUACAUUGUAUGGAGAAAAUGAUCCCCGUGCUUCA